UGUUUAUACAAAAAUUUCUACACAAUAUUAUUAAGAUAGAUUAAUUAUAGUUGGAGCUCCAACAUAAUAUCAGCACUGUACUCAAACAUGUUUCUAUCUAUCGCCCCCCCAUUAAUGGACUUUGAAGACGAAUUGCUGUGGAUAAAUCAGUCAAACAGUGGAAAACUGAAAAUAUUAUAUGACAAAUCGAAUUAUGUUACCCCCAAUACAAAGCUCCUCAUUGAACAAGCAUUUAUACAGCCUCUAAGUCUUCAGGAUCAACAGAUACUGUUUGAUGAUUUGCUGAAACAGAACUCUGACAUUACGCACCAAUAUGGAUUGACACCCGCAAAGCUUCCCCUGCUGGUUGAAAACAAUCCACUCAUUUCCAUCGAAAUCUUAUUAAGACUGAUGAUGACCUCGGAUAUUACAGAGUACUUUAACAUAUUGGUUAAUAUGGACAUAACGCUGCAUUCCAUGGAGGUGGUCAACAGAUUAACAACGUCUGGUCCUCUACCCACAGAGUUCAUUCAUUUGUACAUCAGUAAUUGUAUCUCAACCUGUGAAACAGUCAAAGAUAAGUACAUGCAGUCCCGUCUGGUACGGCUAGUAUGUGUGUUUCUACAGUCUUUAAUUCGAAAUAAGAUCGUUAACGUCAAGGAAUUGUUCAUUGAAAUUGAGGCCUUCUGCGUUGGCUUUAGCAAAAUUAAGGAAGCAGCAGCAUUAUAUCGUCUCAUUAAACAUUUGGAAACAGGAGAAAGUGCACUGUCCUCGAAUUCCUUAUCGAAGCAAUAGCCAAUACUAUUAUUAACAUGUGUUUGUAACUUUUUUAUACAAUGAAAAGGUUGUUGAUGAAAACCAAUCAAAAUUGUACCAAUAA